AUGACUGGUUGGUUAUUGAAAGUGAGGAAGUUGAUGUACCUAAUUGCCAUGAAGCCACAAAUAAAUUGGGAGCUUAGUCCUCUAAAAGCAGAUACCCUUAUGGAAUUAGAUCUUUCAUACCAAUCUGAAGGAAAGCUUUUUGGUGCUGUCAGUGAAGUAGGGGAAGUCAAAGAACAUUUCAAAAUUAGAUAUAUGGAAGGAAUUAUACUUUUUCCUAGUACUGUAACACAAAUAGCUGUGCUUACUUGUGCUCCUGAUACUCCUGAAGUGGAGAAGAAUUGCAAAUUACUUAUAUGGAUAAAUGGCACAAAAAAUUCUCAGAUUGAAAUAUCCUGUGAAGAUGUAGUCCGUAUUUGUUCAGGGCAUAAUACAGAUUCUUCUAUUGGAUAUAUACAGCACUCCAAAGAUGUAGAAGACACCAGUUAG